ACUUCUUCCGCAGUCAUGAAACUUGUAGCUGUUUUGGUUGGUCUGUUAGCGGUGUGUGGAGUCCAGGCUGAAGAUGUUGCCGACACAGGGAAUGAGGCAAGAUUAAUUGCUAACUAUCAGACAAACUACCUUUACACAGAUGAGCACCAUCACCACGUGGCUCACUACACCUGCGUCAAUAGUGCCGCCGCUACCCCCUGCACCGGCCGAAGGCGACGUAACAUCAACUUAAACAUCGAUAGCAACUCUGGCGAUUUCAACCCUGACAUUUCCGAGACACUUGUCGGCAGUUUAUCGGACACCGAGCUUGAAGAACCCAGGGACGGCGGGGUUUUCAGAGCCUGGAGGCACUCUGGAAUCACAGAUUUUCCCCCGAACCUUGAUUCAAAAGAAACGGUGGCCAGGGUAUUCCUGCCAAACUCUUUGCGUGUGUGCCCAUCAAAACCCCCUAAAACCCGGGGGCCCCAAGAAUGA